AUGGAGAACAAUGGCGAAGUGUGUUCAUCGGCUUUUUACCGUGAUAAUCCUGAUUGGGCCGAUGUGAAACCAAUUUAUCCUUCCAAGGAAGAGGAUGGAGCUGUUCGCAUUGCCGUAACUGAACAGUGUGCGUUCUUUAUACCAAGGGAUCUUAUGGGAGCAUCAAAACUGUAUCAUCGGGCCGUUGUUUCAGUUCGAGACGCGUUUGCUUAUCUUCGCGCAGUGCUUGCUUCUGGAGAGAUGUCGUUGAGAGUGUUCUUGUUAACCGAAGACUGCAUUCAGCUGAACCCUGCGAACUACACACUUUGGCAGUUCCGCCGAGAGUUGCUGAAGAAGCUUGGGGUAGAUCUGAGGAAGGAGCUCAAAUAUCUCGAUGAUGUCAUCAUGCAAACGCCGAAGAAUUAUCAAGUUUGGCAUCAUCGCAGAGCGAUCGUGGAACUCAUCGGACCUGCUGUUGCUGCUGAUGAACUCAAUUUUACUGCGUCUGUUAUAGAGGAUGAAACGAAAAAUUAUCACGCAUGGCAAUACAGGUUCUUCGAAACACUUAUACUUGACAAUUGUUUUAAGGGUCUAUUA